GGCGUGAAGAUACCGAGCUUCACAUCGACACCAGAGAUAGUUAGAGAGGGACAACAAACAGCACCAUGAGAACUUACCCGACCUUCUCACUUCCUUUAGCACUUUUCACCACUUGCUUUCUUUGUGUUUCUUUCUCUGCAGUGAGAGGGGAUUCCUGUAAAGUGAACGUGUGUCAGAAUGGUGGGACGUGUGUGACUACAGUAGAGAAAGAUUCCUUUAUCUGUAUCUGCUCAGACGGUUUUACAGGAGAUACUUGCAACGAGACCGAGACUGGGCCUUGUCAUCCUAACCCCUGCAAAAAUGAUGGUGUCUGUGAGCCGCAGAGAGGGGACGUCUUCGAGGGAUAUUUGUGCAAGUGUCAGAAAGGCUUUGAAGGCACUCACUGUGAAAACAAUGUGAAUGACUGUGCUGCUCAGCCAUGCCAAAAUGGGGGGUUAUGUCAAGAUCUUGAUGGAGAUUUCUACUGCAAAUGCCCAUCCCCUUAUGUUGGGAAGUACUGCCAUCUGCGCUGUAUCUCUCUGUUGGGGCUGGAAGGUGGUGGCAUCGCUGAGUCUCAGAUCACUGCCUCCUCUGUGUAUUACGGUAUUUUGGGAUUACAGCGCUGGGGACCUGAGCUGGCUCGUCUCAACAACAAAGGCCUGGUGAAUGCAUGGACCUCAGCGACACAUGACAAGAACCCUUGGAUUGAGCUCAACAUGCAGAGGAUGAUGCGUUUCACUGGGAUCAUCACUCAGGGUGCCAGUCGUGUUGGCACUGCGGAGUUCAUCAAACACUUUAAGGUGGCUUACAGUUCAGACGGACGCACAUACACCAUGUACAGAGGCAAUGGUCAGAAGAAGGAUGUGGUUUUUGUGGGAAAUGUGGACAAUGACAGCACAAAAACCAAUCUAUUCGAGCCACCCAUAAUCGCUCAGUACAUCCGCAUUUUGCCCACCGUGUGCCGCAGAGGCUGCACGCUGAGAAUGGAGCUCGUGGGCUGUGAACUUAGCGGUUGCUCUGAGCCACUGGGUUUCAAGUCACGGCUGAUUGGAGACACUCAGCUCACUAGUUCUAGCUCCUUCCGCACGUGGGGCAUCGAGGCCUUCACCUGGCAUCCACACUAUGCCCGCCUGGACAAGCAGGGCAAGACCAACGCCUGGACUGCAGCCACCAACGAUAGAUCAGAGUGGUUACAGGUGGACUUGCUGUCCCCUAAGCGGAUCACAGGAAUCGUCACUCAGGGAGCAAAAGACUUUGGAAGUGUGCAGUUUGUUUCAGCCUACAAAGUGGCUUAUAGUGACAACGGCCAGAACUGGACUGUGGUAAAAGAUGACAAAAAAAACACCGACAAGAUCUUCCCUGGCAACAGUGAUAACAACGUGCACAAAAAGAACGUGUUCGACCCGCCUUUCUACGCCCGAUUUGUCCGCGUGCUCCCGUGGGAGUGGCAUGAGCGCAUCACACUGCGCAUGGAGCUCCUGGGCUGUGAAGAUUAAAUCACCACCUCCCUGCUCUCUCCUUUAAACCCUUCCAGCCCUCCUUCCUGAGCCACUUAAUGCACUGCCUCACUACCAACACCAGAGGGCCCUAAGACCACAUCAAGAAACAAUACCCUAACAACAACAGCAGGGAAUUGAGCUUACCAGCACUUCAGGGAUCUCCUCUUUAUAAAGACAAACCAUGCAGUGUAAGUUCUUCUCAACUCACUAAGCGGUGAGGUAUUUUUGGCGUGAUGGAUAAAACUGGUAGUGUAAACUGAAGUCAUCCCCUCAAAAAAAAAAAAAACCCUUUCACAUGAACCAUUUAAUAUACUUGUCAUACAAAAUAUUACAGAAACUUACAUAAACAUUUAUGCUCCUUUAUCUAGGCUGAUGUACAGACAGUGGCCCAUUUUUGAAGUAGGUUGAAAUGUAUAAAUGAAAUGUGUUUGGUUUACGGAGUUAUUGUACAGAAUAAAUGGGUCACAUUUUAAACAGUCUUAGGUGUGUGUUUCGUUAUAAAUUGCCAAUUGUAGUUCUUUAAUUUUGUGAGGUAGUCCAUAGAAAGAUAAUAUAUAAAUAAAUAUUUUCCCCUGCCAAAAUAAACUUAUCAAAAUAGUACUGCAUCAAUGUCAUAUGAAACAAAGGAAGGUGUAAUCAGUUGCUCAGUGUUAUUGUAUAUUAAUGCUUUGGCCCAACACUGCCACGGAUCUUUCUCAGGUAGAGUUGAUUCAAUUGCAAUGUGCUACUGAUUUGUAUUUGUUUUUUUUGUUUUUUUUUGUGUGUGGGGUUUUGUUUUGUUUUCUUAAAUCAAAAACAUAUUUCUGAAAUGAACAUUGUAAUUGCAUAAUACCAAAGUGAUUUUUGAAAUUUUUUUUUUUCCAUGUUAAUUCAGUGAAGUAGAAAGUGUCCUCUUGCUGCUUUGAACAUUCUUCUACAUUCAGUCAGAUAAAUUGGGUAUAUCUAAUAUAUUCAGUCAUACAUCAACAUGAUUUGAAUUUAUAGUGGCUUCGUAGCAAAAAUAAAGCUGCUUAUUAAAACGGGCCCCAGUAAAGGGGUGGAAAACUAAUUUUGCAUGAUUUCUAAGGUUUGCACUAAAUCUCUCCGCUCUCCCCAAUCUACAUAAUGCUCUCAUGGUGCUGUGCUGUGACCCUCCUACCCAACGACCCUCUAUGAAUUAUAAAUUAUGGGUUUGUGCAAUAUGAUCCAAGCAUUAAUAUUAAUGGGAUAUACCAAGGGGGAAAUUUUUAAAAAGAUGACGAUUGAGACAUACAAGUAGAUGGUUUAUAAAUAAAUAAAUGAGCACUAGUAUGACCAUUUUGAAAAUGGUUGUGAAUUUAGGAUGUGGGAAGGAUUUUUAAAAAUCCAGAGUAUUUUGUCGCCAAUGUUAGCUUAAGAUUUUAUCGGUGGUUUUCAACUUCACAAUGAAAACUUCGUUAACCGUAUUCAGUAUGUUCUUUUGUUUUUUAUUUAGUGUGUUUUUUCAUUUUUUUUGUCACAUUGUAUAACAUUGCUAAGAUUUGAGUCAAUUCUUCAGUUUUUUUUUUUAAAUAUUACGUGUUCUUAAUAACUAAAAAGGAAUAAAGAGCGAAAAUAGAUAAUGCUAUUCUUUGAGUCCUGAAUUACCAUACAUUGACCUUGGCACAUAUCCAACUGAGCUGAAUUGGUCCCAUGUUGUGAAUGUAGUUUUUUUUUUUUCUUUUUUCCCUUCCCCUGCCAAGUCUCACUGUCUGUGCUUUCAUUGCCUUAACUUGUUGUGGAGAAGCCUGGCUGAAACAGGAUAUAAAGAUUUCUGUGUGCUGUGAUUUCCAAAAGAACCAGUGUUCUAUUGUCUGUCAUAUGUUGAUUAACUAGGUGCAGUAUAUAGGAGCCUUGUCCCAAAGCUGAAGCAGGAAGAAUGGGGGUCUAGCGAAGGGCAGGAAGAUGUCAGUUUGAGCAUGGCCCUUUCAGGAAGGACUCAUUCCUGGAAUAACAAAGUUAUGCUGAACCAACUGAGGCACUAUUUUAGCUGGAAAACCACUAAACAUGUCUAUAGAGGAAGUCAUCCAUUGUUUUGUAGACUUCAUGGAGGAAAUUCACUCACUCACUCCAUUCCUGUAUUUUGAAACGGACCUGAACUAGCUCAGAUUUUGGGGCCAUAAAUAGCUGGCAUGUUUAUCUACUCCCUGAACCUGUCCAUCCAUUAUCUAUAUGCUGCUCAGCUCAGGGUGACGGGGGGGGAACUAGAGCUAAUCACAGCUGACUUCAGGUAAGAGGCGGGGUACACUUUGGACAGGUCACCAAUCUAUCUUAGGUCUAACACAGACAAACAGCUGUUCACACGCAUCUCUUUGGACUGUGGGAGGAAACCCACACAAGCAAGGGGAGAACACACAAACUCCACACAGAAAAGCCAUAGUCAGUUAUGAGGUUCAAACUCAGAACCUUCUUGCGGUGAGGUGACUGUGCUAACCAAUGUCCUGCCCUGAACAUGACCAUUUUUCAGGUUUCCAGAUCUUCAGUUUAAAUACUUCAUUUUAGAAAGUUAUUCCACGAAAUCGAGAUGUACGUGAGCUGAUAGCCGAUGAGGUGUGGAGCACGGAGUUGGCUAUAAGCCAUGUAUGACAAGUUUGAGUGGAAUAACUGUUUUAUUCUAUCCACGUUCAGUGGAUUUUGAGAAAUGGGGCAUUUUUAUUUUUGCAA